AUGGAGCCUUUUCAAAAGAAGAGACUCAUUGAUAGAUAUAGAAGAAGGUUGAAUAUGGAGACUGCUUAUGCAAAUAUUAAUGGGCAAAUAUGGUUGUUCUUUGAUGCAAUGGUGGAAUGGGAAUUAGGGGAGGAUACUGAGCAACAGGUGACUGUGAGAGUGCUUCACCAUGAACAGGGGCAGCACAUGAUGAUGACAUUUGUUUAUGCAAAAUGUUCAGCAAUGGAGAGGUUGGAAUUGUGGGAUCACUUGUAUUACUUAGCAAGUGAUAUGAAAUUGGAAUGGUUGGUAGGAGGGGAUUUCAAUGUGAUAUUGCAUGAAGAAGAGAAAACAAGAGGACUACUAGUACACCCUCCUAAAUAUGAGGAUUUUGCAUUUUGUGUAAACUCUUGUGGUUUGUUUGAGCAAGGAUACAAAGGAAGUCCAUUUACAGGAACUGGAUCAGAUCAUACACCAUUGUUAAUGACAUGUGGGGAGCAAACCACCAAUUUUGUCAAGACUUUCAGGUUCUUGAACUUUUGGACUAAACAUGCUACAUUUAUGGAUGUGGACAUUGUUAUGGUGAAAGAGAUGUUUUUUGAAGAAGAGCCUAAAACUGAGAACAGGAUUGUGCUUCAAAAGGCUCAAUCUGACUUGAAGAAAUAUUUGAGUAUUGAGGAGCAGUAUUGGAAGCAAAAAGCUGGGAUGACUUGGUUUGCUGAAGGAGAUAGGAAUACAAUUUUCUUUCACAAUCAUUUCAAUGGCAAAAGAAAGAAAUUGCAACUGAAUAGGAUCAAAAGUAGAAGUGGGGUAUGGAUUGAAGACCAGGAGCAAUUAGCUAUAACUGCAGUGGACUUCUAUCAAAAACAGUUCACAAAUGAAGGAGAUAUAUCUGACUUUUCCUUGCUCAAUAAUGUACCUUCGAUGGUCACUAUGGAACGGAAUUUGGAACUUAGCAGAUAG